AUGCUUCCCAAGGAAGAUGACUCGAUAAAGACGAAAUCUGGGAGCGACGCAAUAGGGGACCGUGCAGCAUCUGGCGACGAUGUCCGGGAGCCAGGCCAGAUCGUGGCCAAGUCGGAGAAACUAAAUGAGCCCAAGCCGGAGCCUGCGGAGACAGAUGAGUUCGGUUUGCCUUCGCGGCCGCGUCGAAGGCGGGAGUAUUCAGUUUCGCUGGGUGACCUUGAGACUCCUGAUGAGAUUGCCAAGAAAGUCAUUGAGGAGACAGGAGGGUCAAAUCUCGCAUCGGUUCAGAUCAAAGAGGAAGAUGAAUCACAGGGAAAAGAGGGCGUCAAGCCUACUCAAGACGAGAAUGCAAGUGAAGAAGACUUUGCGACCCCGAGGACCAGCCUCGAUAAGCCUGAGCAAGAGACGACCAUUGCCGACAUUCUGAAAACACCUCAAAGUAUCUCCAGCUCGGCCAACUCAAAUCGCAACACGCUCUCCGAGUAUUCUCAUCAGCAGAUUAGCACUCAACCUGACAUAGUAGAAGAGAAGGAGGAUGAAGGAGAGUGGCAGGAGAUGCCAGCGCUGGCCACGCAUCGUAUCUACGACGAUUGGGGCAAGGUGCUCGCGAAAGAAUACGGAGAGGCAGACGAUCAAAAGGUUGCGUACGGGACCUUGGGAGGCGCAGGAAAGGGAUACACCCGCGUUCAGGUGGACGAGGAUGCGCAAUCUGCCACGAGCCUCGACGAGAACACUGCGUAUCUCUUCAAGGAGCCUGUUUCGAAUGCGCUCGGCGAGGAAGAAGAAGAGGAGUCGCGCGACCUAAUGUCGCAAAUGCAAGCAACCAAAGAGUUGUUGACCGAAGGCCAAAGAAUCGCAUACGUGGGCAUCGUAAGACUGUCUAUGGUACAAAUGACCCAAGAUGUCGACAAGCUCGAAAAGACCAAGUCCGCGAAGAAAGCGGUGGAGUUCGCCUUUGAAGCCAUCAAAAUGUGGAGUCAGAAAAUCAUGGUCAAGCUAUACGCACACAUGGAGAUCGAUGCUCGUGAGCAGAUCAUGGUAGAACAAUUGGCCGAACAUGGCGUUCUGCCAUCAGAUCUGACUCCGACCCUGAUGGCAAAUGCGCGUGUUAAGAAUCCGAAUGCAGCGGGUGACCCGUCAUCAGACAAGACGGCCGAGAGCUCGAAGCCUUCCUCGCCGACGACGAACGAUGGCUCAGCAAAAGGACAGGACUUAAAUCAGUCUUCCACACCCGCCACGCCAGCAACAGAAUCUCCGCCACCCGCGUAUCAGGAACACACAGCCGAUCAAUUGACGGUCCAGGAUCCGCAUGAGCUUGACACUUCCAAAAACAUUGACAUUGACCUCCGGUGGACGGUACUCUGUGAUUUAUUCCUGCUGCUCAUCUCAGAAAGCACUUACGACGCUCGGUCAAGAACACUUUUAGAAAAGGUCGGGGAGUCGCUCUCGGUAGACUGGCAAGAAAUCUGUCGUUUUGAGAAACGGAUCACGGAUGCGUUGGAGGUGCAAGAACAAGCCGAAAAGGAAAAUUGGAACGAGGACGAUCAUCUCGAAGCGCGCAGAAAAGCGGCCUUGCGGAAACGUUAUGUGGUCAUGGGAUUGUGCACGGUGGGAGGUGGCAUUAUCAUCGGUCUCAGCUCUGGUCUUCUCGCACCCGUCAUCGGCGCCGGUCUCGCCGCAGGAUUUACGGGUAUAGGUGUUGCAGGUACUGGAACUUUCCUCGGCGGCGCAGGCGCUGCUGCAUUAAUUGGCACAACAGGUACGCUCAUCGGCGGAGGUGUUGGUCUGAAGACGAGCAAUCGUCGCACGGGGGCUGUGAAGACGUUCGAGUAUAAGCCACUUUACAACAACAAGCGCGUCAAUCUUAUCGUAACAGUGGCGGGAUGGAUGACAGGAAAAGUCGACGAUGUUCGGUUGCCGUUCAGUACGGUGGAUCCGGUCAUGGGUGACAUCUACUCUGUCAAUUGGGAGCCCGAUAUGCUCCAGAGCACUGGUGCUACUAUCCAGAUCCUCGCCACAGAAGCGUUAACGUCGACCAUUCAGCAAAUUCUCGGUGCGACUAUGUUGGCCACGCUGAUGGCAGGAAUUUCUCCGCCCAUCAUUUUGUUAAAGAUAUCUUACCUCAUCGACAAUCCGUGGACAGUCUCACUCGCGCGAGCGGACGCCACAGGCCUGAUUCUUGCCGACUCUCUCAUCGACCGCAAUCUUGGUGUGCGCCCCGUGACGCUUGUCGGCUUCUCACUCGGGUCUCGCGUGAUUUUCUCCUGCCUGAAGGAGCUGGCCAAACGUGGCGCCAUCGGCUUGGUGCAAAAUGUCUACAUGUUCGGCUCACCGGUCGUUGCGCAGAAGGAUGAAUACAUUCGCGCACGAAGCAUCGUCAGCGGUAGAUUUGUGAACGGAUACGCCACUAACGACUGGAUCCUGGGAUACCUGUUCCGAGCAACGAGUGGUGGCAUUCGAAGAGUCGCGGGACUGAGCAAGGUCGAGGUUGCUGGCAUUGAGAAUCGCGACAUUACCGAAUGGGUUCCCGGUCACAUGGCAUAUCGAGGUAUGAUGCCAGUGCUACUCGAUCAAGUUGGAUGGACUGUGGAGUCUUUGGAAUUUACGGAAAUCGAGGACCCGGACCCGGAGAACCAUGAAAAACAGCAACGUGAAUUAAUGAACGAAAUUGAGGAGGCGAGGAGGAAACUGGACGAGCAACCUGAGAAGAAGGGCUUCAAGGCGUUCUUCUCGCGCAAGAAAGCGUCGCAGAAGAAGGCUUGGGAGACAUACGACGAGCGCAGCGCACGCGUCCUUGAGGGUGAUGAGAAGGAGAGCGAACGGAUGGCAGAGGAAAACCAGAACGUCCUCUUCGAUGUUGACGCCAUCCGCAAAGAGGCCCUCGCUUUGGCGUUACAGAACCCGGCCGAGAUCGACAACAUCAAGCAGCAUCUGAACGUCCGUGAGAUACAAAGUACAUUGCCUGCCCUCAAGGUCUCGACUACCAACGAUACGGUCGCGACUGCUGCGUCACGGCCAGAUACAUCGCCUGCAUCUGCCACCUCAGCAGGCCAGAAUCGACCGGAUAUUGUCCGUCAAGCACACAGUUACGACGCCAACACACCACUCUCCGCGACCGCCAGUAGCGCCGCCACAGGCGCAGGGCUCACUGCGUUACACAUUCCCAAACACCGUGCCGGCCGCAGUAGCCAAGACCUCCCUCCCCAUGUCGACUCACCUGCGAGCUCAUCCGAUCACGCCACGCCCACCCUCACCGCGCCCGCACCCUCACUCGAGACCUUUGCUCAUCGCUCGACCAGCUAUCAUCUCUCCCCAGCAUCGCCCGCGAUCUCAUCAUCACGGGAACCCGACGUUUUCGGCCUGGCAAAACCGCCUCCCUCACGGGAAGUAUCCCGCUCUCCCGCCGACGAGCGCAGCGGUGAGAGCGUCUGGCGGAGACAACCUUCGCCCGCAGGCGGAGCAUCUGCGACGGUGCGGAGCGCAUCCUCGCCGAUGCCACAGGGCCUCGCGUCAUCCUCUUUCAACGCGCCGACUUCGACGGCUGCUUCAGCGCAAGCCGAGACGCGAGGACGAUCGGGCGGGUCUGGGCGUGGGUACAACGAUCAUGAUUACGACGACGACGAGUUUGGACAUGGAGAGCAGGAGGUGGAGAUGUCGUUCGAGUGA